GGAUUGUGAUUAGCACUAAAACACAUCCAUUGUUAGUGUUUGAAUGAUGAUCAAACACUACCUUUGCUAUUUUAAAAAGCAGAGACUUGUUCUUCACUACCUAAUUCCUCCUAUUUUCUCUCUUCUACAAAUGUUGCAUUAUGUUUAACCAACUCCAUAUAUUUCGUCUCUCUUUUUUGGGAUCUGAGUUACUUUUACUUUUCCUAAUCCACUAAAGCUAAUCACUAUUUGUGUUUUUUUCUCUCUCUCUGUAUUUUGGAUUUCAAGAAAGAGUUUGAAUAGUACUCACUACAAUCAUUUGUGUGCUUGCUUAUACAUUCUUUUCGUUUGGUGGGUUGCAAGGCAUUAGGAUAUAGACCCAUUUUGUGAAGUGGGUUUUUGUUCAGACUUGCUCAAAUGAUUGAGUUUGAGUUUCUGAUUAUUAGAAAGUUUUGAUCUUUUUGACACAGGGGCAAUUUUAUGGCUUAUCCAUUAGACCAUAGGUCCUCUAGUCGUGGGACUGUGAGAUUUGUUUUGGUUCUGGUGGGUUUGUUUUUGGUUAUUUACAUGGUGACAACACCAACAUUGCGGCACUCUAAGGCUUUGUCUUCAUGUCCUCCAUGUUUCUGUGAUUGUGAGGAGGAUCCCAUGUUCUCGCCUAUAGACAUCUUAAACAGCUCAUUGGCAGACUGUGGUAAAAAUGAUCCUCAGUUGAAUGAAGAGAUGAAAAAGGACAUUGCUACUUUACUAGCAGAGGAGAUUAACUUGCAAAAAAAUGUUACUGAUGACGUCUUGAAUCGCACCAAGGCUCUAAUUAUGAGUGCCAAAAGAGCAUCUUCACACUACCAAAAAGAAUCAGAGAAGUGCAACAUAGGGAUAGAUACAUGUGAGGGAGGGAGGGAAAAGGCUGAAGCUGCAUUGAUAGAAGAGCGCAAGCUCUCUGCACUGUGGGAGACUCGAGCCAUUGAGUUUGGCUGGAAGGACUAGUGAAGACUUUAUUCCAGGAAAAUUAAUUAAACCAUUUUGGUCUCUGUUAGAAUUAGAAUAGAUAUGCCUCUUUCCUUGUACACCCAUUUUGUGAAUAUGGUUUUCCCUUUUCGUCUGUCUUGGUUUUCAUUUCUUAUACUUCAGAUUGUGUUGAUUUCAGUUAAUAAUUUAAUUGACGUUUUUCCAA